AUGGACAGCAAAGGUCGGCAGUCGUCCACGUCCAAGUUUUUUGGGCGCCGACACAAGGACAAACCCAGCGGCAGUGAGACACGCCCGCCCGCAGCAGAGUCGCCGCCGGGGAGUGCCCAUGGCUCGCAGUCGUCACGACACUCGCACCGCCACUCGAGCAGCCAGGCCUCUGCCGACCGCCCCGUGUCUCUGAGCGCAGAGGGCAUCUUCGCCAAGGCCGGGCCCAUCAGCAACUUCGACUACAACCAGACCGUCGAGCCGCACCACCUCAACAAGGGCGGCGGCGACUUCCACCAGUACCCCGUCUUCGACCCAUCUGCCAUGCCGCCGAGCAGCUACGACCGCGGAGGCGGCAGCAGCAGCAGCAGCAGAGAUGGGCCGCCCCGCCCCCCGCCGCACGCAGGCACCACCAUGACCUCGCAGGGCCAGGACCGAGGCGUGAGCAUCCAGCAAUGGGGCGCCCGCGACAGCAACAGGCCCUCGAACGGCACCAACUCGUACUACGCCGCCGCUGACUCGUCCGCCUACACGCGCGCCUCGUCCGACCAGGCCUCGGUCUACUCCAACGACUCCCGCUCCCGCGGCAACAGCAUCUACUACCCCAAGACAAACUCGCAGACCACCUUCUCCUCCAUCGGCCUCGAUUCGGGCAGUCUGCUGCCCAUGGCCACCGCCACCCCGCGCGACUCGCACCGCCACAACCUGCUGCACGCAGGUCAGUCUUCGCCCUUCGGCUCCAACGCAAACCUCGGCCAGAAAGGCUUCGACAUCGAGCGCCCGCCAGACCAUGUCGUCGAGAAGGAGUUUAUGAACCUGAUGGUGAAGCGUGGGUGGAAGAGCUUGCCCGAGCAGGCGCGGCGCCAGAUGGAGGCAUACAAGAUCGACAAAAAAUGGACGCUCGUGUACCAGGACAAGCUGGCCGAGUUCAAGCACGAAGAGAAGAAGCGCCAGACGCAGCGCAAUACCUACGGCGGCGCCAAUCCAGACAUUCUGAUCCGCGCCGAGGAGGAGGGCUCGCCCGAGUGGUACGUCAAGAAGGUCAUGGACAACUCCAUCACCAACAAGCAGAUGUCGAGUCUGGAGAUUAGUCUGCGCACCCAGCCCAUCGCCUGGGUCCGUGGCUUCAUCGAGGCCCAGGGUCAGAUUGCCCUGACCAACGUCUUGACCAAGAUCAACCGCAGAAAAGGGACAGGCCCCGCACCUCCGCCGAGCGCCUUCAACCAGAAGACCGAGAACGAUGUUGAGCGCGAAUACGAGAUCGUCAAGUGUCUGAAGGCGUUGAUGAACAACAAAUACGGUGCAGACAAUGCCCUGAACCAUCCCUCCAUCAUCCAGGCCUUGGCAGGUUCUUUGAUUUCGUCUCGAUUAAACACCAGGAAACUCGUGUCAGAUGUUCUGACUUUCCUCUGUCACUGGGGAGAGGGUGGAGGCCACGAGAAAGUACUGAACGCACUCGAUAACCUCAAGGCGCAGUAUGGCGAGAACAGCCGCUUUGACGCUUGGAUGCGCGUCGUUGAAGUUACAGUCGAUGGUCGCGGCAAAAUGGGAUCUAUGGUCGGCGCUUCAGACGAAGUUCGCAGCGGCGGCAUCGGUGUGGAGAACUUGCUGAUGGAAUAUGCCAUUGCGACACUGUUCUUCAUCAACAUGAUCGUCGACGCUCCCAAGCGCGACUUGCAGCUCAGGAUGCACAUUCGAGCCCAGUUCACCGGCUGUGGCCUCAAGCGUAUCUUCAAGAAGAUGGAGGGCUUCCAGUACGAUGUCAUCGACAAGCAGAUCGAGCAGUACAUGGCCAACGAAGCCGUCGACUACGAAGACUUCCUCGAGCGUGAGAACAGCUCCAUAGUGGACAGUGUUGAUGGCGGCGAGACCAAGGACCUUAACGAUCCUUCUCAAAUCGCCGACGCCAUCAUGAACAAGGUUGGCGGCACUCGCGCGCAAGACUACUUCCUGUCUGCCAUGCAGCAUUUGCUGCUCAUCCGAGACACCGAAAGCGAAGACCGCAACAGGAUGUUCCAGCUUGUAGAUUCGAUGCUGAGCUACGUGGCUAUGGACCGCCGACUGCCAGACAUGGAUCUGAAGCAGAGCCUUAACUUCACUGUGCAGUCUUUGCUUGACAAGCUGUACACUGACGGCGAGGCCCGCCAAAUUCGGGACGAGGCUAACGCGGCACGGCAAAUUGCCGACUCUGCCAUCGCUGAGCGCGAUGAAGUCAAAGCAGAGCUGGAGCUGGGCGCAGAUGGCCUGGUGCAGAAGUUGCAGAAGCAGGUGGCAGAACAACAACGCAUCAUUGAUCUUCGCGGCAGGCAGGUUGAGCAGAUGAAGGCUGAGCUUGCAGAGAUGCAAAGGAUUCGAGCGCAGGAGCUGCAGCGCAACGAGCUGGAGACACGUGAGCUGUAUCUCAUGCUCAGAGAUGCCCAGGAUGUCGCUGCUUCAGCAUCCAAGAAAACCGGCAACGAGGGUCUAGGCGCCUCGGAUCCUGCGCAGAUGCAGGGCAUCAUGGAUCGUGAGCGCCUUAUGAACAGACUCGAGAUCCAGCUCCAGCGUGCUAAAACACAGGCUACGCUUGAGGGCAAGACCCUUCAAAUGCAGCCAAGUGAGAAGCUGAGGGAGCUUAGAGAGAAGAUGGAUGGUGCCAUGGGCGAGAUGCCAGAGGAUUACGGCGACGGACUUCAGCCUAACUCGUUCGGUUCUGUACGAGCAAAGAGUGGCGUGCCUCGCAGGAAGCCCGUUCCUGGCGGAGCUGCCGGCGAUGAUGAGAUCAUGUACGAUGUCAACGAGGAUGAUGAGGACGUGGUUAUUGAGAAGCCGCGUCUUGUUCAGAUGCACAAGCCAAAGCUCAGCGCCUCCGCAGCCAACGCACUCAUGGGCGAGAUUGCUUCCACUGUUCCAAAAUACAGCGGCGACGAAGGAGAGGCCAAUGGCGCCCCCACUGCAUCGAUACCACCUCCACCACCGCCGCCUCCCGGCGCUCUUGGUUUCCCUGCUGGUCCCCCUGGUGCUUCUGGAAUACCACCCCCUCCGCCACCACCUCCCGGUGCUCUUGGCUUCCCUGCUAACAUACCUCCUCCGCCGCCUAUGCCCGGCACUAAUGCUAAUAUCCCUCCACCUCCGCCCCCACCUCCGCCCCCACCUCCGCCAGGCAAGCUUGGCUUUGGACCGCCAGGUAUCCCACCGCCUCCGCCAAUGCCCGGCGCUCCUCCGAUGCCAGGCGAUGGCAGCAUGCCACCUCCACCACCCCCGCCGCCUAUGCCUGGUAUGAAGCGACCUGGCUUCCUCAACAAGGGCUCCUUCAACGCUGCGCCAUCUAUGGCCUUGUCAGGACCUCGGCCGAAGAAGAAGAUGAAGGCUCUUCAUUGGGACAAAGUCGACUCGCCGAGCUCGACUGUAUGGGCCACUCACGGCCUCACUGCAGAAGAGAAGGAAGAGAAGUACCAGGAACUGUCCAAGAAGGGUGUACUCGAUGAAGUCGAGAAGCUCUUCUUGGCUAAGGAGAUCAAGGCAAUCGGCAAGAAGAACUCAAAGAAAGAGGAGAAGAAACAGGUCAUCUCCCGCGACCUCAUGCACAACUUCCAGAUCAGCAUGGCGAAGUUCUCGUCGUACUCGGUUGAAGACUUGGUGCAGAUGAUCAUCCACUGUGAUACGAAAAUCUUGGAUGACAACGUUGUCAUGGAGUUUUUGCAGAAGAACGAUUUCUGCGACAUUCCCGACAACACCGCCAAGCUGAUGGCGCCGUACUCGAAAGACUGGACUGGACCCAAUGCUGGCGAAAGCAAGCGCGAGCAAGACCCUAACGAGCUCACACGAGAGGAUCAGAUCUACCUGUACACGGCCUACGAACUUCACUUCUACUGGAAGAGCAGGAUGAGGGCGCUCGCACUCACGCGCACGUACGAGCACGAGUAUGAUGAGAUAUCGAACAAACUUCUCGAAAUCUCGCGUGUUGCGGACAGUCUGAGGAGCUCGUCCAGCCUGAUCAGUGUUUUGGGAUUGAUCCUGGACAUCGGUAACUUCAUGAACGACGCCAACAAGCAGGCCAAUGGUUUCAAGCUUUCUACGCUGUCUCGACUGGGUAUGCUGAAGGACGACAAGAACGAGUCUACUUUUGCCGAUGUGGUUGAGCGUAUUGUGCGCAACCAGUAUCCUGGCUGGGAAGGCUUCACCGACGAGAUCAGUGGUGUCAUCACGGCACAGAAGAUCAACGUAGAGCAGCUGCAAACUGACGCGAAGAAGUACAUCGACAACAUAAAGAACAUACAGAUGUCGCUCGACGCAGGUAACCUCUCUGACCCGAGCAAGUUCCACCCCGAGGACAAGGUCUCCAUUAUCGUGCAGCGAAGCAUGAAGGAAGCCAGGAGAAAGGCAGAACAACUGCAAGUCUUCCUCGAGGAUAUGCAGAAGAGCUACGACGACAUCAUGGCAUUCUAUGGCGAAGACCCUACCGACGACUCCUCGCGCCGCGAUUUCUUCGCCAAGCUGGCCAACUUCGUUCAGGAGUGGAAGAAAUCCAAAGAGAAGAACACCUCUCUCGAGGAGCAACACCGCCGCAACGAAAUAUCUAUGCGUCGCAAACAACAGGCUGCCGGCCCCCUCUCCCCAGCCUCCACUUCCGACGACGGCGCACCCAAGUCUCCCGCUAGCACUGGAGCCAUGGACGACCUCCUCCAGAAACUGCGGGCUGCGAAGCCCGAAGCGCGAGACCAACGCGAUCGCCGCCGUCGUGCGCGCCUCAAGGACCGCCACCAGGUGCGCGUUGCGUCGGGGCAGCAGAUCCCCGAAAUCGGCGUCAACGUCGAAGACGACGGAUCUGUCGUGGGAGAAGAGAGCGAAGGCAGUGCGGAUCCAGCGAAGCUGCUCAGCCCAACAAGCGAGACGAACGAGAGCGAGACAGUCUCGAUAGGCACUGUCACGAGCCCAACAGCGCUGGGAGCAGAUGUAGCAGACCGCGCGGCUGCCAUGCUUGAGGGCCUGCAGAGACCUGACGCAAUGAACAAGGACGGCAGCCUUUCCGUACGCCGACGACGCGAGUCUGCCGACUCGGAGCGCGAGCGGCGACGCAGACGCAGACAGCAAGCCACCAGCAAAGCGAGCGAGGACGGCGGGCUCAUGAGCCCCAGCAUUCCCGAGGAAAGAGAAAUCGACGGCGCGAGCGACGCGGGCGGUAGCAUCGCCGGCGACCGGCCUGGCACACGCGAUGGCACCGCCGACGACCGACCCGUCACCCGCGGCAGCGACGACAUGCCCACCACACCGACGACGGUCGUCGUACCGCCCAGCCCGGAGCAAAAGGGGCGGGAUCUCCCCACGCCGCCCCCCGAUGAGGCGUGA